UGUUGUAUGAGUUUAUGUCGAGUUGUGUUAGUGCAGAGCUGGGUUGCUGUGGCUGUGUCACACAGGGAGUCACCACGAGAGGGAGGGACUUAGGCAGCAGGACAAUGCUGGUGUUUGUGCAACGGCCCCUGAGUGGCGGCUGGCUCUCUCAGAGCGCUCUCGCUUGACUACCAUUGCUGCACGCAUUGUUGAAGUGAAAGGAAAGUGGACAGCUUUAUCCUGUCUGUGGGAUGCACCGACAGAGUCCUUUGUAAAUGCUGGAUUCCGAUUGCGGUGAAAGAAUACCGGCAGCGGGAGAGAGGUUGGAUUUUGGUCUGAGUUGCAGCAAAGCAGAAAGGCUGGCCAGAAGACACAGAUCAAACAUUGGUGGUUUGGACCACAACAGAAAAAAGGGCGUCCACAUCUGCUCCUUCCAUAUCAGGGAGGAAAACCUCCAUUGUUUGGAACAUUAAAAGGAGCAGUGAGCUGCAUUUGUGGCCUGGGUGGGCAGGUGAGAGUUGAGUUGUCGUGACUACUUUGGGUUGCGUGCCCAAGUGUGAGAGGGAAGAGGAAGAGAAAAAGAAGGACGAGGAGGAGGAGUAGGUGGAGGAGGAGAGGAGUAGUGGGCCUGGAGCCCAAACACAAACAGGAUGGCGGAGAAGAAAGUUAGCCUCCCUGCUAAGCUGAUUAAUGGGGGCGUGGCAGGCCUGGUUGGUGUGACAUGUGUAUUUCCUAUUGACCUGGCCAAGACCCGCCUACAGAACCAGCAGGGCGUCCAAGUCUACAAAGGAAUGAUGGACUGCCUGGCAAAGACGGUUCGCUCGGAGGGCUAUUUUGGAUGCUACAGAGGUGCAGCAGUGAACCUCACUCUUGUCACACCAGAAAAAGCCAUCAAGCUGGCUGCCAAUGACAUCUUCAGACAGAAGCUCUCUAAGGACGGGCAUUUGCCCCUGUGGGGAGAGGUACUGGCAGGAUGUGGGGCUGGGACCUGUCAGGUGGUGGUCACCACACCUAUGGAAAUGCUUAAGAUCCAGCUGCAGGAUGCAGGAAGGCUCGCUGCCCAGAGGCCCGUUAAAGCUCCAGCUCAGGCUGCUGCUGCUCCUGGUCCAGCUCCAUCGUUGGUGGCCCCCCCACCAGCACAACCGAAUCCUCCACCUCGGCCCUCAGCCACAGGCAUCACUGUGAAGCUGCUAAAGACUCGUGGACUGGCAGGCCUCUACAGGGGGGCAGGAGCCACCUUAAUGAGGGACGUCCCCUUCUCAAUGAUCUACUUCCCGCUGUUUGCCAACCUUAAUGCACUGGGUCAGGAAAGAGUGGGUAAUGUGGAGGUCCAGGCACCAUUCUGGCAGUCUUUUGUGUCAGGCUGUGCCGCAGGCUCAGUGGCUGCUGUGGCUGUAACACCACUGGAUGUUAUAAAGACUCGUCUGCAGACCUUGCAAAAAGGUGAGGGGGAGGACACAUACAGAGGAAUUAUUGACUGCACACGGCGCAUCAUGAGGCGGGAGGGCCCAGCAGCAUUUCUGAAGGGUGCAACGUGUCGUGCUCUGGUCAUAGCUCCUCUUUUUGGCAUUGCACAGGGUGUCUACUUUCUUGGGGUAGGGGAGACGCUGCUAGGUUUGCUGGAAUAGCAGUGCAUUGGUGGCGGUGGUUGUGUUGUCUGUACAAAUAAUUUACUGCUUUAAUCUGCAGUGAAUGAUAAAUGAGCGAACAGCGGAUACAGAGGGAGGGAAAUACGGCCACUAACCAAAAGAGGAGGAAUGGUUUGAGAUAUGGAGAGGCUCUAUUUACUAAUACGUGGACCAAUGGGUGCACACUAAUCAAGUUUCUCUAGGUUUUUACAUGCUGUCACCAGGGUUCUGUAGGUUAAACAGGGUCCUGUGUAUGUGUGUGACUAAUUUGAGGAUAUGUGUCCCAAGCUGUCUGAGUUAUACCUGUGUGCUUGCUGCAAUAUGCCUGGGGCUGUUCCUUUCACCUGGGCGAGAUUAUUCUGUCUGGUUGCUGAGGGAGAGCUGCUGCAUGUUGUUUGAGGCUGCUAACUAAAAUGCCUACCGACGAAGAACUGUGCAUCAUCCUAUGUAAGUGACAAAUUCCCCUUUUAAUCUUUGUCAAAAGCUUAAUAUUACAGAACAUUUGAGGUCAGAGGUUGGUUUUAAAUCCAAAUCAGUUGGAUUUCAGUGUUUGAUGUGUUGGAAAAGGAGCUUGGUCUCCUUCUGCCUAUCCCCGUUAUGCAUUCCUCCCACUCCAUCCGUGAGGUCGUAAUCUUGGAUUCCUUCACUGGAUUGGAAGGUGCUGCCUACCAGUGUCUCUAAGGUCAUUUGUUAAUCUGAUGGUAAUGCUUUAAUCCCUGUAUUACCGUACAAUAUACCCUAACACACAGCUCACUUCCUGCCUAAAGGCCACAGGUUAGACUGCUGGGCCACUGUCUCGUAGCCUUGACUUCCUCUUCUCCACAGCUUGGAAGGGUUUAAACAAAAACCUGUGAGAAGCCUAGGGCUGUUUUUACUGCUUAGUUACACAUAAAAAUAAGCUUCAACUCGUGCGCACAAUAACAAAAAAAGAAAAAAGAAAAAAGAAAAAAUGCAAUUAAAGCCUUAUCAAUGCUGAUAGUUUCUAAAGCAUCACAACUGUAAGUCUUAAAUGAAUUCAGUGGAAUUGAUGGCGUUGAAACAUUGAUUUGGUACUUGAGUCCAACUUAGCGAGGACAAUUAUACUUGUUAGACCCAUGGAGGGAGUAUGGCACCUUGUUCUGCCAACUGUUUGCCAUUACUUAAGUCCACUGGGUGGCACUAAAGCUUUUCCUUUUUUUCUCUUUUUUUUUUUUUUACACAUUUUUAAUGCAAGACACAUUUUGAUGUGGCUAGUGUACCUAGGCUACUACAUUUUCCUCAUUGUAGAGUGAACAUAGCCUGAGUAAACUGUUUGUUUACAAGCUGUAAAUAAAGAUGUCUCAUACAUGCUGAUUUCUCCGUGUCACACACAUUUAUUUCUUUGGUUGUUGUACAUUAAGUGCUUCAGAACAAUUCUAAGGGUUGGCUGUUCGCGCACACACACACACACACACACACACUUAGACAGACAUCAUUAUAAUAUUAUUGUCAUUCAGCUGUACAUUCACAAUGUACAUUUGAGCGACAUUUCAUUGCAUAGGCUCAGAAUAAAAACAACACACACACACACCUCGUCAAAAGUCAAACUGUAAAAAAAAAAAACACUGAUUUAGUAAACAUACCAGACAAUCUACCUCAUUAUAGACAAUAGUCUACAAAAAUGUAGACAAGGUAUGUCAAUGUGUAUCUUUGCUGACCUAUAUAUGAUAUUUGAUUACUGUAAUCAAGUAGUAGAGCAACAGGUUUCCAAAAACAACUGAAAGAAUACAUAUUUGCAAUGUCAUUGCAAUUUAAAAGCAGUCCUUUAGACAACCCCUGAUGGCAAAAUGGGACGUAAACACAAGUAAAAAUGCACAUGUUGAAUUAUUAUUCUGUUCAUUAGUACAAAAAAAAAA